AUGUCAGUCAACAAAAUGCCGAGCGGGACACCAGCCCAUCAUCGCCACGCGAUUCCGAAACCCACCGUGGCAGAGCGGCCGCAUGGGCAUAAGGGGGCGUCCCCGCAGGUGAUACCUUUGCCCAAUGUCAUGCCAGGGGACAUUCCCUUCGUCACAUGGGACCAAUUCCAGUCCGCAAUGAGUGUGAUAAGAACUGUAAGGGGGGGGACCGUGGAAUCCGGCGCAACGACUCCCAUACUACCAGAAGACGGCAGCGCUAUGCAGGCCUUUCUGCUGCGCAUCGAGCGCCGGUACACCCAGAUGAGAUUGGAACCGCGCGAGUGGGGAAAUGCACUUAUAGACCACCUUGUGGGCCCGCUCUAA